UUCUACAGCAAGAGAAAUAAAUGCCCAAAACACGAAGUUGAUCAUCCGCUGGUGCCAGCCGGAAGCUGAGCCAGGCGACUUAAUUCUGUACACGGGGUUUCACGGAAACAUCUCCACGAAAUUCGGCGUCACCUGUGUCCAGCACGUCGACUACAUUCCAGAACAGUUGCUGAGGAAGUACUUGCGAGAGGAAGCAGGUGCGGGCUGUACUUCUUCGCAGAAGGCCGAGGAAGAUCAUGAUGAAGAUGAACCGCAGUCGGUUGUUAAUAAUCCUCCCAGAACUUCUUCGGCGGAUAUGGAUGUUGAAACUGCGUGUUUCAAAACCCUGAUCACGUCCUACUGGGAAAAGUUCGAAACCUCCAUCGUGGACGUGGGCAGCGGGAGCACGCGCAGCAGCACCGAGGAGAAGAAACUGUACGCGUUUGACGCGUAUAAGAAGAGGAAAACAAUAAAGAGCCUUCCACCACCAGCAGCGGCAGCGAGACCAAAGACCGAGAGGACGAAAGGGAGAAAGGACCACUUCCCUGUCGGAGGACGAGCAAGUCUUCUCGCCCCGAACAUGAACAAGGCGUCAUCUUCGCACCUGGCAGCUGCAUCUUCAGAGUCAGACUUGCCGGUGCUCUCCUCGACCGUGCGCGGCGCGAUACUGGGGUCAACAUCAGAAGUUGUAUCGAAGGGUUUAUUUGCUGGCAUUACGGGUACUAGUUCAUCUUCCAGGACUGAGUCGCAGCAACAUGAUCAUUCUCUCAAGUUCGACAGGAUGUUUCAAGAGCUCAACGACCAAGGUUAUUUGGUCGUGAAGAAGGCAGAGCUAAUGAGGUUGCAGGAUGAAGAGAUUUCCCAGAGAAGUAGUCCUAGUGAGCUGCAGAUGAAAGCGACACCAGCUGCACCCGAACUACAGGUGGACUACGCAGAAACGGUAGAACGGGCGAUCCACGAAACAGACCGGAUUUUCAACUUUGUUUUGCAGUAUCACAACGUCCCACUGAUGAUAGAAGCCGGAGAUGAUGGACAGGAAGGCGGGGGCGAUGAGGAUCCUAGUGCUGAAGUAGAUGGUGCACCAGGAACCUGUUCGAAGAAGAUGAAAAGUGGAACAAAAACUACAUCAGAGCUAGACAAAAUUAUCAAUCCACCUCGCAAAUUCUUGUACCGUCCGCUUUUACCGCAAAAGGUGACGGACAACGACGAGAAAAUUUUUCAGGCCAUGCUCGACCAAAACGUCUUUUGCGAUAAGGGACAUCAAUACCACGACCACAAGCACGACCAAAAGCUGCGACGAGACGGAACAAGAACAACAUCAGCAUUAAACCCCCUGCGUAAGAAGAAGAACAGCACUCAUGUCCCCCCUUUAUUAUCCCUGACCAACCCCCUGGACGAGCGAUGGCUCUACCUGCGCAGCGAGGAGGACCGGGAAUACCUCUGUGGCGACCGAAACGUGAUGUACGCGAAACGGAACUCUGGUGCGCAGUUCGGAAACGCGAUUUCUGCGGUGAGUCACGGGAUGGGGAGAAUGGCCUGCGUUUACCGGAACGCGGUUUUGUUGGAGUUGCAGGCGAGCGCGGGUGUAAAAGCGGUGUUCGAGCAGAUGUACCAGCGGAUGAUGGCGAUGGAGAAAACUUCUACCGAAGGUAGUCGUGAAGACAAAAAUCACGCGUCGGUUGUAGUAUCUCGCCACCCCUCGUCGUCGUCUACUACAGCUCCGGGAACAGCAAGUCGCUGCGACCUGCUCCUCAUUCCCGAGCGGUUGCGGGUUAAGUGUCGCUACGGUAGGUUCGGAAAGCACGACGGGCCGCCGUGGCACCCGCUGAAGGCCCACCCGAUGCCCGCGCACGCGGAUAAACACUUGCUGCGACCAUAAACGACUGACCGAUAGGAACAUACGUUUCUUGUUUGGUAGGAAAACGACGGAGUUUACGCUGGCUCUAGGAUGAAAGAUGAGGACCAAGUUUCAAUUCAGAAAGGGAGACUUUUAGUAUAGCAGGACGAGCAGCCACAGCCUUGUUGACCCUGUCGUCUCUGCAUAGCGACACAACAACUUUUCAAAGUUUUCAUACGAUCAACAUAAUCCUGUUUGAUCAGGGGCGACGAUACGACCACG